GUUAGCCCCGCCCCUAUCCGGGUCCAUUCAUGAGGUGCUGAUAAACUAAAUCUACUGACCAGCAGGUCGGUUCCUCCUCGUCCUUUCUGAGCAGCAGAGAAGAGAAGAGCCAACAUGCCGGGACUUCUGCUGGGAGACGUGUUCCCCAACUUCGAGGCCGACACCACCAUCGGCAGGAUCAAGUUCCACGACUUCCUGGGAAGCUCAUGGGGUAUCCUGUUCUCCCACCCGAGGGACUUCACUCCGGUCUGCACCACUGAGCUCGCCUGCGCCGCCAAGAUCAGUGAUCAGUUCAAGAAACGAGGCGUGAAGAUGAUCGCCUUGUCCAUUGACAGUGUCGAGGAUCACCGCAACUGGAGCAAGGAUGUGAUGGCAUUCAACAGUGCGGCUGACGACUCUCUGCCGUUCCCCAUCAUCGCCGAUGACAAGAGAAAGCUGUCCGUCGAGCUGGGCAUGCUGGACCCCGAUGAGCUAGACAAGGAUGGGAUGCCCCUCACCGCCCGCUGUGUCUUUGUGAUCGGCCCAGACAAGAAGAUGAAGCUGUCCAUCCUCUACCCCGCCACCACAGGGAGGAACUUUGACGAGUUGCUCCGAGUUAUCGACUCUCUGCAGCUCACCGCUCAGAAGAAGGUCGCCACACCUGUCGACUGGAAGCCUGGUGAGAAAGUCAUGGUCAUUCCUUCGCUCUCUGAUGCUGAAGCUGCUGAGCUCUUCCCCAACGGUGUGACCACGAAAGAGCUGCCUUCUGGGAAGAAGUACUUGCGCUACACCCAGCCCUGAAGAGACGCUCAACAUUACAUCCUUCUCUAGUUUACUGCUCUUUGAGAAAAUGGAAAUCAUUGGGUGAUAAUUUACAUGUAGAACUAUCCAAAAGCAGAGAUGCACUUAUCUAGUUUAGUGACUAAUAUCACACAAUGAAAGAAUGAACCAGAAGUAUUUAUAGUGUCAUAUUCCAGUGCCUUGUUUCCUUCAAUAAACAAACUUUUCACACAUG